GCUGCUUAAUGUCCGGAAGGUGGGGCUUUUGUUGCAGGAGCGGUUUGUAUUUUCAGAGCCGAUGCAUCGAAAUCCUCUAUCAGCGAAAUCAUCCACUAGAGGUAGAAACACCAGUCCUGCUUUGGUUGUCUGUGUCCAGAGAAGCGUGUAUGUGUGUGUGAGUGUGAGAGAGACCCACAGAAGAAUCCAGUGAUGGCUACCAGUAAAAGUAAAAACCAGAGCUCUCUGGCACUGCACAAGGUAAUAAUGGUAGGCAGUGGAGGUGUGGGGAAGUCGGCCCUCACACUGCAGUUCAUGUAUGAUGAGUUUGUGGAGGACUAUGAGCCUACCAAGGCGGACAGCUACAGGAAGAAGGUGGUUCUGGAUGGAGAGGAGGUCCAGAUUGACAUCCUAGACACAGCAGGCCAGGAGGACUAUGCCGCCAUCAGAGACAACUAUUUUCGCAGCGGGGAGGGUUUUCUCCUGGUCUUCUCCAUUACAGAGCACGAGUCCUUCUCUGCCACUGCUGAAUUCAGGGAGCAGAUCUUGCGAGUGAAGGCAGAAGAGGAUAAGAUCCCUCUUCUGCUGGUAGGGAACAAGUCGGACUUGGAGGAGCGUCGGCAGGUAUCCGUCGAUGAGGCCCGAGGGAAGGCUGAUGAGUGGGGCGUCCAGUAUGUGGAGACAUCAGCCAAAACUAGAGCCAACGUCGACAAGGUAUUCUUUGACCUGAUGCGUGAAGUUCGAGGCAAGAAAAUGUCAGAAAACAAAGACAAAAAUGGAAAAGGAAAGAACAAGAAAAACAAGAAGAGCUUCAAGGAGAGAUGCUGUUUACUUUGAACUUUUCACGGACUUGACAACCCACAAUCCAAGCGCGAAAUUAGGGAUCAAAGCAGAGCGUCCUUGCCAUUGUCACUCAAAUGAAAUUUGAUCUUUUUAAAUAACUGGUUAUAAUUUAGUGUUUUGAACAACCUCAACCACUUUUUGUCAUUUUUAAUUGAUGAAAUCCGAGUAGCUGUUUCAUUGGAAGAUGACCGCUGUUGUGACUGUGAGUGGACUGCAGUGACUGAUGGCUCAUAGUAAGCCAAUGGCCAAACUGACACUAACUCUGCUACUCAAGAGCUUCUCCCUCUAUUUAACUCAGAGAUUAUACUGCCUUUGACUUUGCUUCUGUGUGGUUUACACCAGAAUUUGCGAGUCAUUGUCAAGUAAACAGUGCUCUAAAUUUUGUUUUGUUUUACUAUAGACCCCUUGAGUCUAUAAUUAUCAGUUUAUAAGGAACUCUAAUGCUGCUGCUCUGUCAUAUUUGUACUCAUUGAUGAUAACACUUUGUCUUUUGAAGAUGUUGUUCAUUGAGUCUUCUCUCCAGACUGACGUUUUUUACGAUGUCAGAGCAUGUGUGGAAUGCCUGUCGAGACUGAAAGUGUAAAAUAAGGUUGCUUUUACGGUGUCAUUUUUCAGUUCAUCUGGUAAUUUGUCAUUUUCUGACUGCAGAAAAAUCCUACAGUGCAAUCAGAGGGCAUGUAGCCUGGCAGGCCUAUUUUGUUCCAUUAUCAGGCCAUAUAUAAUUAACACAAGUCAAUCAUGAGAUGCUUUGCAGUUUUUCAGGACUGUUGCACAGUCAAAUCUUUGACUGUGAAUCACAGAACAUUUCUGGUGAGGGCUUUUAUAGUUUGACCUCACAAAGCCUCAUGUAGAUGUUAAAUGAGCAGUGACAAAGAGGAACGAGUAAAUCUGUGUAUCUUCAUGGCGCUAUGCCAUGUUUGUGUAAUCAGGCCUUUUCCACUGUUCUCAGUGCAGAUCAAAUCUCGAUCUACAUGACAGUGAGACUUUGAUGGCUCUGUGCUGCGAGACAGAUGUUGACAAUCCAGGAGGCCACCAUGCUUCUGGUUCACGGUGCCAUAACAGCUCUGAUGUUCUUUUGAAUAACAUGCACUACAUUGCCUGUACCUAGGAAGUGGACUCCAUGCUGAGUGGAGUCACGCUGGAAACUUUUAAAGAAUUUGUGCCAAUAAAUUACAAAAAUCAAGCUAUGUUUGUAGAUCAAGAGAAUGUAUGUUAAUUAAUACUGAGCAUAUGUGCAGUUACCAGAAAACCCUAUGACCUUUAUGUGUCUGUGUGAGAGACGCUUUGGUGAGGGUGCCAACUUCACAGCUGUUUAUUCAAUCAAGUGCUAGUGAACAAGGUGUUUCUAUCACUGCCUAAACCAUUCUUUGUAACAUGUCCUCUCCUUUUCUUUUAUUUCCUACUUCUAUCUCGCUGCAACGUGACUGUUGCCAAAUAAAUGCUUUUUUUUCUUUGU